AUGGAAGAUUCCGAGAGAAAGCAGCGCCGUAAGCUGCAAAACAGGAUUAACCAACGAGCUCGCCGAAAUCGCAUGAACAACGAUGGUACAUCUAAAGCUCGUGCCAAGCAGCAAAGGCCGGCAUUUGGAGUCAAGCUCUGGAAGGUAGAUGAGUUUGACCUGAAGGCCAAAUCCUCCCGCUCCGAAGCCGACAAUGAUGAAGGCUCCAUCACUAAGCAAGACUCAAGAUUGUUUCUUACCACUAUAUACAAGGGAACAUUGAGCACUACAGAUGUUGAGUUAUACAGCCGGCAGCUCGACAUGCAUCAACGCCAACGGGCAUUGACAAGCGGGACGUCACCUCUCUCGGACCAGCUUCUCUAUCUCAUAAACUACAAUGCUUUCAGAGGGCUGUUUCAAAACAAAGCAACCCUUUCAAAAGUGACAGAUCAUCUUGCACUAACAGAGGGUCGGACUGAGAAACUAGAUGUAAUGGUUGGCUUGAAGCGCGAUGCCAUUUGUGUUGAAACAGGCCUUGAUAUACCGCCUCAUCUUCGUCCUACAGCUCUCCAAUCGAACAGAGUACAUGCGACUUGGAUCGAUUUUAUUCCAUUCCCCAAGAUGAGAGAUAAUCUUAUCACUCAUCAUAAUCAUUUCAAUCAUCGACUACUUGUCACUGACGUAAUGGGAGAUUUACUGCAAGAUAUCAUGCUCAACAAGUACGGACAAGGUACCGGGCCGCAGGGUCGUCGACUUCUAUCAAAGGGCAAACCUAGUGACUAUGCUUCAGAUCGGCGUGGCAUGAUAAUCUGGGGAGAGCCACAUCGGAUGGAGAGCUGGGAGGUGACGCCUGGGUUUCUGGAAAGAUGGGGAUGGGCUGUUGAAGGAUGUCCCGAGCUGAUGAAUGCAACUAAUCAUUGGAGAGCAUUGAGAGGUGAAGUUCCAUUGGUAUUUGAAAGGCAAAACACAAGACAAGUCGAAAAUCUGGAGCUUUCACAAAAUAUCCCCAUACCGUCAUCAAAUACAUAUUCCUUCUACUCGUCUCGACUCUUCGCAAUCAUGACCCUCGCACGUCAAUCUCUCUCCUCCUUCAGACGCAUCCCGACCGUCACAUCCGCCCUUCGAUCUCGACCGGCGUUGAGCUCAUACACCGCUAUACGCACGAACUCGGGCAAGGUCAAAACACCAAUGUCUUCCGAUCCCAACCACGACAAGAACAAUCCACCAGUCGCCGACCACUCGGACGGAGCCAUGGCUUCGCUGAAGGGCGCACCGGGAAAACGCGAUGCGAGCUCGUUUGAAGACCAGAACAUGACUGGGAAGGAGAAGAAUAUCAACAGCCAGAACGCUCAAGAGCAGGAUAGCAGAGAGGGAAAUGCUGGGGAGGCGGGUCAUUUCAAGAAGUCUGGCAGGAAACCCAAGAUGUAA